CCUCGCUGAGCGGAGCCCGGGCACGGCAGGAGACGCUCCCAGCCCCCGGCAAAUGGCCCUUCGGAGCGCAGCGCAGCCCCGGGCCCGCAGACCGUCCGCCCCCCGCCGCGCGAAGUGAUGGGCAACACGGCGCACAAGAGUCUGCCAGACGCAAGUCACCAGGCUCGCUCUGUGUCCAGCAGACCUUACUACACGUUGCCCAACAGCAGCCAUGGAAGGCGCUCUGUCCUCACCAUUGCGGAGCCCCCGCGUUUCCACUCCCAAGCCAAGGGCAAAAACGUCCGUCUGGAUGCCCACUCCCGCAAGGCCACCCGGAGGAAUAGCUUCUGCAAUGGGGUCACUUUCACCAACCGGCCCAUCCACCUCUAUGAGAAGGUGCGGCUCAAGCUGGUGGCCGUGCACCAUGGGUGGAGCGGGGCACUUCGCUUUGGCUUCACCAUCCACGAUCCAUCACAGAUGAGCUCUGAUGACAUACCAAAGUACGCCUGCCCCGACUUGGUGACUCGACCUGGAUUCUGGGCUAAAGCUUUGCCAGAGAGGUUCGCACUGAGGGACAAUAUCCUAGGAUUCUGGGUCGACCGCCAUGGGAGAGUCUUCUAUAGUAUUAACGAUGAGGAGCCAAUAUUGUUUCACUGUGGCAUUAAGGUCUCUGGGCCUCUCUGGGGGCUGAUAGAUGUCUAUGGAAUUACCCAUGAAGUGCAAAUCCUAGAUAGCAUGUUUGCAGAGACCAUGACCUCCACCCACCUCAGUAGUGCACGAUUGAGCACUUGCCUUCCUCAGAGCAGUCAUGAUUCCGCCAACUUCAAUAACAAUGAACUGGAGAACAACCAAGUGGUGGCCAAAAUUGCUAACCUAAAUUUGAGUCGGGUGCCGGGGCUUUCGAUGGAUAACCACAUAAUCCCCUGUUGCCCAAACAGACGGCAGCGUGCCCAGGGUGUGCCUGCCUUUCUGGAUACGGAUCUGCAUUUCCACCCCACCCGCGGGCCUGAUGUUACCUUUUCUCAGGACCGCAUGGUGGCAUGCACCAAUUGGCAAGAAAGCAAUAGGACUUUGGUGUUUUCUGACCGGCCUUUGCACAUUGGUGAAAGCCUCUUUGUGGAAAUAGGACUCCUAGGGUUGCCAUAUCAUGGGGCCCUUUCGUUUGGCAUCACUUCUUGUGAUCCAGGUACUUUACGGACAAAUGAGCUCCCAGCGGAUCCGGACUUUCUCUUGGACCGCAAGGAGUACUGGGUGGUUUACCGAGCAUUCCCAGUCUUCAGCAGCGGCGACAUCCUCAGCUUCAUGGUCUUGCCAAAUGGAGAAGUGCACCAUGGGAUGAACGGAGUCAGCCGAGGGAUGCUGAUGUGCGUGGACACCUCGCAGUCUCUCUGGGUGUUUUUCACAAUUCAUGGAGUAAUCAACCAGCUCAAAAUAUUAGGCACUGUCCAGUCCAGUCCUGGAACUCUCUCUCCCUCAGGAUCCCCUGGAGGCUCACAGUAUGACAGUGACUCCGAUAUGGCCUUCAGCGUGAAUAGGUCCUCGUCUGCUUCAGAGUCAUCACUAGUGACUGCUCCAAGUUCCCCUCUGAGCCCCCCCGUCUCUCCCAUCUUUCCCCCUCCAGAGGCCUCGAGCAGCAAGAAUGGGGAGUGCACUGUCUGCUUCGACAGUGAAGUGGACACUGUGAUCUACACCUGCGGACACAUGUGCCUGUGCAACACCUGUGGUCUUAAGCUGAAGAAGCAACUCAAUGCCUGCUGCCCAAUCUGCCGACGAGUCAUCAAAGAUGUUAUUAAAAUAUACCGCCCUUGAUCCCGCCCUCCCUCAGCGUGGGAGGAAGGAACUCUGCUAGCAGUAACCAUGCCUUUCCGUCCCUGCUUAUGGGUUAUCAUGCUGGUUGGUUGUUACCAAGUGGCUCAUUGUCUGUGUUUCCAUAUUUGACUGGUAGAACAAAUCAGGGAUAUAACUGAGCUGAGGAACUCUCUGGUCUGAAGCUAAGGCUUCCACGUAGGCAGGACUUCAAAAUGAUGCUGCUCUGUGAAGCCAGCCAGCAAAUUGCUGGUAUGGGCCCAUUCCAACUGCAUAAGAGAAAUUUCUUGUGCAAUGGCUUUUUUUUUUUUUUUAGGGAGGGUGUGCAGGGAGGGAGUUUAUUAAUCUUUGUGGUGUCACCUGGGUCAGGAGCUCCCGCUUUCACACCCCGGGAGUGAAAACUUAAACUGCCACUGGGGAUAGUGCUUGUCAAGGCAGCACCAUGUGAUGGAACAGAGUCAGAAUCAGCCCUAGGAUAGUAGCUAAAGGUGAAACUGAAUGCUUUUUGUAUCGUAAAAAGAAUAAAAAUAUUUAAUUCCAAGUCGGGGACUGAAUAUAGGUGUAGGCUACAAAUUACACUUCAGAACAAAGUAGUUUAGAAAUCAGAUCCUCAUUUCCUUACCCAAGAUCUGAACUCUGUAGUGUCAACAACUGUACCAGAAUAACGAGUGCCCAAAGCAGUCUGAGAUGUCUGUAUUGUCACUGGCUCUUGCAGUGGGAACACAGAACCCUGAGUUUGUGUAUAUGUAAAGCAGCUUUUGCAUUCACCUUCUUAAAGGAAUUGGGAGGGGAAUGCAGGAAGGAGACUAAGUGCAUAUUAGGUGCAAAGGACCUUAAGACUCAAUAUAGCAGUAGAUUGGCUGAAGCCAGACCUUGGUACUAGCAAGGGGAGGAACUAAUACAAUCUAUUUUGGAUCCUCAUACAGUCAAAGCAACUGUUGUAAUUUAGUUAAUAGGCCUUUUAAUGUAUUUACUGGAGUUAUUUUCAUAGUAGUCUGUUACCACCUGGCCUUUGAUCAUGAAAGAGAGACAGACGCAGCUACAUUAUCUCAGCCUAGAGCAAAGGAAAUGAGCAGGUAGCUAGUCUGUACAGGGGGGAGAGAAAUCUUUAAUAUUCUUGUAAUUGUAAAAUGCUGAACGUAAAAUAGAUUGCAUUGCUUUUCCCCAUAAAACAGUAUCUUCAUGGGUCAUCUAACAGCUGCUAAGCACUCAAAGUCAUUUGUGACUUUAAUCCCUUCUUUGCAGCCUGCACCCAAGCAUGGUACUUAACAUCUUCCCUCCCCCCCCCCCCCCCCCGGGUAGUAAAAUGUCUUACAGAAACCUCAUGGAGCUGAAGUCCCUAGCUUACAGCCUCCACUGCAUUUAUUGUACCCAGGCCUCUGAGCAGUGGCAGAAAGGUUAUACUCUCACCAGAGAGGCUGCCGCUGGCAACAUUUAGUAUUUCGAAGUUCCAGAAAGUUUCCUUUUUGUCCUUAAAAAGUACAAUUUAAUUUGCAUUCUCCUCUGCUCAUGGUUUUAUCCACAAAGCAUGCAACGGGCUAGGCUGGCUCUGCCCUGGCAGGAAAUCCUGUUAUUUUAGUGAGCAGUUCAGGGCAUCUAAUUGAAAUUAACAAGCAUCCCACUUGGCAUUACCUCCUGAAAACAGGAUUGAAGGCUAUUAUUAGAUGCAGGGACUUAAAAGGUAAAUGGAUUUUAGUUUUCAUUUUAGACAGCUAUAAACUAUGGAAUUCUGCCUGGGCUGUAAAACCCACUACUACAGUGAACUGAGGUGAGGUAGAUGUAGCUCUACUUACUUCGUGUUGGCUCUGUCUUUUGUACCCCAGAAUGGACACAUCUGUAUGCCCACCUCUGCUUUCCCUCAGUCAGCUCAUAGAAAAAGCCUGGAGGUGACUUUUUACUCAGCCCUGUGCUAGUAGCAGCCACGCUCAUGUACACAUGGAAGCGAUAAGGACGCGGUCAUGAUGGCCAAGGUGGAAAUGAGGCAUGUCUGAUCCCAUCAUAGUGAUCAUUUACAGCCCUGCUUUCUCAGGAGAGAUGCAUUUAUCUAUCUAGAAAGGAAAACCGAACAGUCACAUGCACCACAGGGCUAGAGUAGCUUAACCACGAGAAGCUAUUUGAGGUCAUUUAUUUCUUGGGGUCUCUUCCUCUGGCCCUGGGCCCUCUGGCCUCAUUUCAUUCCAUCUCCACUUCGUUGCGCUCAGUCUUUGGCUGUUCUUGACCUGGAUGCUUUAACUGUAGCGCUUCACAGUUGAGUGGCAUCAGCAAACUUGCUUUGAUCUGCCCAGCUCGUGCUUUGGAAGCUGGUGGUGGAAUAACAGAGCUCAAAUGGAGACAGAUUAUCGUUACCUGUUAGAUAAUGAGAAAUGCUUCAAAGGGAUCAAAGUGUCUUCCCUCCCCUUUGGGUUUUUUUUCCUGAUGUGCAGCUGUUGAAGUAGCUAAACACAGGGAAGAGGAAAACUCUCUUUUCUUGAAGAACAUUAGAGUAGCUGCUGCAGCCUUAGCUCAGAUCUCAUGCACUGCAUUUCCAUACUAGCACCCUGGCUGGCCAGAUUUGAGAUUUCUGAAAAGGAUUCAUUAGGUGGAUUCGGACUGCUUGGGGUCUCACCAUGGUGCACAAUAAAUGUAACAAAGCAAACGGCAUCCCUUAAACUAUCAACCAACUGCAAAACUCCAGGUACAGCUUAAAGACAGGAGCAGGUCUAGACGUGGUGUAAACCAUCAUAGCUCUGGAGGGACUGAGCUAAUGACAACCUACAACAGCUGAUAACCUGCCCCUCCCCUGGGCCUUCACAUUAAACAUUACAACAGAGGACAGCAAUUGCAUUGCCUCUUGUGGAGGCUUCCAAGUUCUUGUAUCAGCAGCUGAGCAGGGCUUCUCUGAGUUUUACAGCACAAAUGACUCCUUGAACCCCACAGUAGGAAGAAAAAAAAGAGGUUUGGCUUUGGAUUUAGUAGGCCUAGGUAAGUACUCUACUCUCUGGGUAUGCUAAUGAGCACUAGUUCAGCAGAUGUGAGAGAGGUUGGUUUCUGGCCAAAGAUAAGCUAAAGGCAUUAGACUCUACCUUAGGAGCUCUGAAUACCAUUAGUUAGGUCUCCAGAUUUGGAGGAUCUCAAGGGGAGGUUGCAGAUCACCAUGUUGAUGCCUUAAGCCCAGUGGCAGAAUACCCCCUUCACAGUCCAACAGUUAGGGCCAAGACAUUGUUCCUGGAAGCUGCUCUCUCUGAUUGUGGAUUAGUAGUAGGGAAGAGGAUACUUACCAGACCUUGCUGUGUCUGGGUCAGCUGGUCUCCAGUUGUAGAAGCCCAGAUUCCAAGCCUCGUCACUGCUGUUACUGAGAAAAGAGGGAAAUAGCGUGCUGCUUAUGCUCAAAGAACACAGGAUGGCUGCAAAUCAAAGUUGAUGGAAUUUCUUGGGAAUCUGCCCUUUCAACAACUAGUUUCAGGGAGGCCUGAUCUCUGUUUAAAAAUCACAGCCUCAGCAGAGACAGGAGGAGGGAGAGAGACAGACUUGCACAGAUUUGGGCCAGAUCUUUAAAUGGUGUAAACUGUCAUAAUGCCAUUAAGUCAAUGGCGCUAUCACAGUUUACACCAGCUGAAGAUCUGGUCCUACUGACUUUAAAAACUGCACAUAUUAUGUUUACCAUUGUGCUUUGGCUCAGUAUGACAGAACCGAGACGUAGCCUAGGGCUGCUAACACAGCCGCCUCCAUUGCGUGUUAUAAUUUGGCAAAAUGGUGCAAAACCCAACUGAGCCACCCCUGCUUUGAUGGUCCCAAGUGGCUCUCCCAAACCUGUUCCUUAAUACACUCAUCCCUGUGGCCAUCUACUGCUGUGGCACGUGCCACCAACAGUGUGUUUGGCAUACAUCUUUUUCAGAUGAUGGGUCAAUGCAGGGGACAGAGCUGGGAAGAGAAAAUGCUGCACAGGUUUUCCUUCCCAGAAUAGCAGCUGCAAACCGAUUUCCAAAAGGGUAGCAGCCAGCAGAGACUGGAGAGGGCUCAUUCAUUCAGGGUAAUUAAGCUCGUUUAAUGUCCACAGUGUGGCCGUGCCGUGGAUUGUGAAAUGCGCAUUAGUGGACGUGUAUCCCUACCUAUUCCAGUUAGUUGAGGAUUUUCCAGUUGAGAUCCAGAGAGGCCUCAGAUUCCCAGGAAAAAGGUGGCCUCACAGGAAUUUAAUUGUUUGUACUUGUAUUGCUAUAUAUAUAUUUUUAGUCUGAUAUGAUUUGUACAGAAGAUCUGUUUGUGCCUUAUAAGGGUGUCUGUGCACUUUUUAUCCUUUUUAAAGCAACUUUAAAAAAUUUGAAAAAAAAAAUUACACAUCAAUGGUAAUUUUAUAGAAUUCUGUGUUCACUAAAAAUCCUGCUUUUUUGAUAUUGGAGUGAAAUUUGUUUCUAUGGAUUGCCCCCUCCCACCUCGGUUUAAGAAAAAGCAGCAUUUUUAUUUUCCCAAUUUCUAAGACAGUUAAUCUUGUAUUGUUAGUUUUAAAGCAGAUUGUUGGGGGUGGGGGGGAAAGGGGCACGGGGGAGGGGUUUGCACUCCUCCAUGUCUGUAUUCUAUAGCAUAGUGUUCUGUGCUGUGUGUUUUAGUUUUGUCUGUUUAUCUGUUUUACAUUAAUAUAAUUUUACCUGAUUAUGAAACAAAUAAAACACUGUCUUGUACAAGUUC